GAAAAUGUAAAACAAAAUAUUAAAAACAAAAAUAAAAAAUAAAAAAUAAAAAUGCCACCUUCUAUAAAAUGUCGGUGGUUCAAUAUCCCGCUACCGAAUGCGUUUGGUUUCUCUUCAAAGCGUCUCAGUUUUCUCUCUCACCAAACAAACCAAGAAAAAUUGCAGAUACAUAGGGAUCAUGGCUAGUUCAGUUAGUACCAAUGCAGGAAAAAAACAUAUUCGAAUUGAUGUGUCUUCGGAUACUGUAUGCCCAUGGUGCCUCGUGGGCAAAAAGAAUCUUGACAAAGCUGUAGCUGCAUCUAAGGAUAAAUAUGAGUUUGAGAUAAGAUGGCAUCCUUUUCAACUUAGCCCUGAUGCUCCAAAAGAAGGAAUUGAUAAGAGAGAAUAUUAUAGGAAAAAGUUUGGGGCUCGAUCUGAACAGAUGGCUGCUGAAAUGUCAACGAUAUUUAAGAGUCAUGACCUGGAUUAUAACUUCAGUGGACUCACAGGAAAUACUGUAGACAGCCACAGGCUUAUUUAUUUAGCUGGGAAGCAGGGUCUUGAUAAGCAACAUAGAGUUGUGGAGGAGCUCUUCCUUGGAUACUUUACACAGGCAAAGUUCAUUGGUGAUCGGAACUUUCUUCUGGAAUGUGCUAGCAAAGCAGGAGUAACAGGGUCAGAAGAGUUUCUUGCAAACCCCAACAAUGGGAUUCAGGAGGUCAAAGAGGAGUUUGAGAAGUUCUCAAGUAACAUUUCUGGAGUUCCAUAUUAUGUGAUUAAUGGGGAGACGAAAUUGCGUGGAGCCCAAGCCCCUGAGAUGUUCUUGAAAGCUUUUCAAGUAUCUGGAAAUUGAUUGGAAAAUCAAAGUGGAAAGCUUCUCUUUUCCAAUCUACUUGUUAACAUUGUAUAACUAUUUCUGCUUGUUGUCUUGUGCCCUGCUUUGUAUGUUUGGCAUUAUGUUAUGAAUUUGCUACAUAUAUGUAAAAAUCUGACAAUAAAGUUGGAGAGUGAACUGGGUUUGUUUUGUUAAUGGAUAAUGUAACUUCAUUUAUACAAAAUAUAAUGCAUAUUAAUGGUUUUAAUUUAUAA